AUGAACUACAACAAAGUGAGCGUAACAUCAAAAGCUAACAUUCGCUAUGAAGGCAGACUUCUGGACGUAAACUUCGAAAAAGGAACGUUAUCCCUGGAAGAAGUACAAAAUUUUGGCACGGAAAACCGCGAGUGCGAAAUCCCGGUGCCAAAACAAGACGAGGUUUAUUAUUUCGUCGAGUUCCAACUUUCCCAUCUGAGAGACUUCAGAAACGUUAAUCCACAACCAGCAUUCUUGAACGAUCCAGCCAUAAUACAGGUCAUAGGUGCUGAUGAUAAGAAGGAAGUGUUCGCCAACGAUGAGACCUACGAAGAAUCGGAAGAUUCCCUAUCGGAUGAGUUGGAGUUUUUGAAUACCGACAAACAGGACAGUGUGUAUGAACAAAACAUGAAGUAUUUGAGGAACAAGUUUAAUUUUAACGAAUGCGAAGACGAUGAUUCUGUAGAGUACAAAUACGAUUGGCAAUUUGAGGAGUAUUAA